AAGAAAUUGAAAGACAAUUGAAUGAAAUUGAAAAAUAUCGUCAACUAAAAGCCAAUGGUUAAUGACUUGACUUCUGUUGGAGCCGUUGGCCAGACAUUGAACCGAACGGACGGACGCCGGGAUUCAGGUUUGGACGACACAACACACGCCAACAUCUCUAGCAUUUCGGGCACCUCUUCAUCAGCAGUGAAAUCACCGGUAAAGACACCGAAACUAAUGGAUACUUAUGUGUUGAAUAGCGCCAAACAGUUCUUCGUUAUGGCCGAGACAUCGAAUGAGAAAAAUGAAAUAAUUUGUCGAUUAUUUCAUUGCCGAAAGUUAACCAAAUGUGUUAUAUAUUGCAAAUCAUUGGAUAUCGUCGAAAAUGUGACACAAGUUCUGCUCGACAAAGGAGUUAAAGUGGAAAAUCUGGGUUGGAUCCAAGAGUGA